AUGACCGUGGGUAGUAACACGUCCGGGGGAAAGGUGCUCCUCACAGGUGGAAGCGGUUUCAUAGCAUCGCACAUUCUCGAUUGUCUUUUAGCGGAAGGCUUCGAGGUAGUUGCAACAGCACGAUCCAAACAAAAAGGACAUCAGAUCAUUGGAGGAGUCGAAGCGCAGUAUGCAAAGAAUGUCGAGUAUGCCGUGGUUGAGGAUAUAGCCCAGCCAGGUGCUUUUGACAAUGUCCUUCAAUCUACCCCUUUCGACUUCAUCAUCCACGCCGCAUCGCCCUACCACUUAAACGUGGUCGAUCCAGUCAAGGACUUUCUCGACCCAGCCAUCAAGGGCACAACGGGUCUUUUGCAAUCCAUUGCCUCCCACGCCCCAACGGUGCGCCGCGUGGUCAUUACCUCCUCGUCGGCCGCCAUGCUCAACCCGGGCCACCACGCUGCAGUCUACGACGAGACCUUUUGGGCCCCCGCGUCUUGGGAGAUGGCCAUGGAUCCGGCCCACACGUAUCGCUGCAGCAAAGUGUUUGCAGAGCGUGCAGCAUGGGAAUUCAUCGCCAAGGAGAAGCCGCGCUUUGAUCUGGCCGUCAUCAACAGCACUUAUAAUUUCGGUCCCGUCCAGCGCCGCCUGCCGUCCCUCGACGCCAUGAAUACAUCGAAUCACCGCAUCCGCGACAUGGUGCUCGGUCGGAUGAAGGACAAGAUUGAGCCUACGGCGCCGGUUUACACGUGGGUCGAUGUACGAGAUGUUGGUGAAGCCCACGUCCGCGCAAUGACGCUGCCCGAGGCCGGGGGUAAUAGGUUCUACAUUGUGGGCGGCCAUUUUAGCAACAAGAGGAUUGCAGAUAUCAUUAGGAAGAACUUUCCGCAGCUCAAUGACAAGCUACCACCCGUGGACGUGGCCGACGAUCUGCCGGAUGACGUUUACCGGUUCAAUAACACAAAGUCGAGACAAGUGUUGAGACUCGAGUACACAGGAUUGGAGAAGAGUGUUAUUGAUACGGUGCGCUCAAUCUUGGAGCACAUGGACCAUGAUAUCUAA